AUGGCGGACGUAACGGAGUUGCGUAUGAAUGUGACAGCUUUAAAAAGAGUGGACCCGUACGCAAAAGAUAUUAUAGAAACUGCUCGCCAUGUAGCAUUCUAUUCAUUUAAUUCCGAAGAGAAUGAAUGGGAAAGAACUAAUAUCGAAGGGGCGUUGUUUAUUUAUUCGAGAAACGGUGAGCCCUAUCACGGCAUAUUGAUAAUCAACCGACUCAAUACAAGUAAUUUAGUCGAGCCGGUCGUCAAAGGAUUGGAUUUACAAUUACAGGAACCGUUCUUACUCUAUAGGAAUUCUAAUAAUUGUAUUCGCGGCUUCUGGUUUUAUGACAGAGAAGAUUGUGUAAAAGUCGCUCAACUUUUGUCUAGAUUAAUUGAGGAUUUGCAAAAGCAAUCCAUUGUUCCUACAGAAAACAUGAUCUCCAAUGGUGCGGCGAUGGGUGAGAAUUCUGAUAUAUUUACUAUGUUAAGCCGAGCUCAAGAGGAUUAUCACAAUCAGAAGAAAAACCACCUACCUACUGCUCAAGAAAUUUCUGGAGCACCCAAAACAGAUUUAACAUCACAGAGUGUGAUGGACUUCUUUGCAAAGGCUACCACAUCCAGUCAAAAUACUUUACCUUUAUUUGCUCCACGAAAAGCGGAGCCUUUAAAUGCUGAUCCGAAUAUAUUGCAAAGGCUUAUGUCAAACCCAGCACACAGUGUGGAGCAUAUUGAAAAACAACAAAGGUGUGUUACACCACAGAACAAUACUGGUUUAAAUACAGUCGAAGCAGGUCGGAGAAAAACAAACAAGGUUGCCGAUAUUGAUAAACAGCAUUCACUGAAUGAGAACAAUUUGAAUUUCAUACGAAUUACAUCUCCGAAUCAAAUUUCAAUGCAGAUUACCUUAAAUAACACAACGAACCAAACACCAGCUCUUAUGCCACCUACAAUGUUUACUUCAAAAACCAGUCAGGAUAAUAAUUAUUCCAAUACUUUAGAGCAAGCAGAUGUUUCUUUACGACCUGAACCUUUGACUAGAAAUCAGCUUUUGCAGGCAGUAUCAUAUCUUUUAAAAACAGACUCUGAUUUUGUGAAUAAGUUACAUGAAGCUUACCUUAAAUCUUUUAAUGAUAUUGUUCAGUGAGUUUCUUUUAUUAACGAAAUUGUUAUGUGAAUUGUUUUGAAUGCUUUAUGUUGAAUGUUUUUUAGUUAAGAAUAUGAUAUUUUAGUAAAGGCUAUGUAUGUUUCGUUGAGA